AUGAAGCAACAUUCAGCUACUGUUGCAACGUCGAAUAAAGCUGUUGCUGAUUCUGCUGAGGUUUGCAAGUCAACGACCGAAAGAGUCGAUAACCUAAUUGAAGAAACUACUGCUUUCAUGGAAAACUUCCAACCCACGUUCAACACCAACACCACAUCGGCAAAUGAAGCCUUGAAGAGUCUGGGCUCUCUCUUCAAAACUGAGAAGACGAAUCUACAAGAAAUUCGCACUGGUCUGCAAACUGACCAUGAAUCAUUUCAAGCCACUAUCUCGUCUCAGAUUACUCAGCUUAAAGACGAACUGGUUAAGGAGCGUAAACUCACGGACUCUCUCGCACUCAAGUCAGAAGAAGCAAAGGUGUUAAGUACCAAACUGGAAGCUUCGUAG